UGUACACUACACAGUGCAAUCCAACUUGCCGAGCGCCUUGCGCCGCACGCCUGUUGGCGCAGCCAGUUGCCUAUCUAGGGACCGGGUCAGCGCAACAAUAAAUCUGCGGUAAGCGGGCGCCUACUCGGCCCCCACCCCAGCGCAGGCGGAUCUGCGGGACCACGGUGCGCCGCAAUGCGGCUGGCUGGCGAGGUAUAUAUAUAAUGACUCGUCGUUCUGUUGUUGCGUUUGCAACUCGAUAUUUCGCAUUCAUCAACAUCGCCUGCGUCACAGUCACACGCGUGUAGGCAACUUGGCUCAGGUAAACACCUAAUAAGAGGAGAAUUUGACGAGCAAUCCAUAUCCAGGCGUCUCCAAGAUACGCCUCGACAUGGACUCUAGCACGCGAGAUCCGCAGGCGCCGCUGCGGCUGCUAUCGCUGGAUGGAGGGGGAGUACGAGGACUGUCCUCGCUGAUGGUGCUGCGAGACUUGAUGCAGAAUAUUGCGCUGGAAGAAAAGCGGCUUGGACGGCGGCCGCAUGGCGAUCACGAACCGUUGAGGCCCUGUGACUACUUCGAUCUCAUCGGUGGCACAUCAACGGGUGGCAUUAUUGCAAUACUGCUGUCCCGAUUGCGACUCAACUGUGAGCAGUGCAUAGACAUCUAUCUCAAGCUCGCGCAGCAGAUCUUCGAGCAUGACCGUUCGUUCACAGCCUUCGGGAUGAAAGUGCCGACAGGGGCGACGCGGUUCUCUGGGGUAGUUCUCGCCAAUGCAAUCAAGUCGGCGCUGAAAGAGCUUGGAUUUGCCGAGAACGAGCUGAUGUGGGACGAGGCGCUGUUCGAGGAAAUCGACACCUCGGCCGACCAGAGACAUAACAGCAUCUGGGGCGACGUGGUGACCCAAAGCCCCGUCGCAACCACAAAGACGUCGACAUCCGAGGACAGCACAUUUCCCCCAAAGUCACUGCCGCCGCGGACAGACACUUGGAAACUCCACCCGCGUCAGUCGGUACAUCGCAAGCCAAACGCAGCGGGGUGUCGAGGCUUCGUGCUCACGUCGCUCAAGAACGCCCUGGGCUUACCGCGGAUACUCUCCACAUUCGAUCCCAACGACCGCACAACGCGCAUCUGGGAGGCGCUGCGGGCGACUUCCGCCGCACCGACGUUUUUCGAGGAAAUGCAGUUCGGGACGCCCAAGGUGACGUAUCUCGACGGUGGGGUGGGGUUCAACAACCCCUGCGCGGAAGUCGACUACGCUGCCAAAGCCCUGUGGGAGAACCGAUCGAUCGGUGUGAUUGUGUCCGUGGGGACAGGGCUGCAGAGUCUCUCGAGCGUCAAGAAGAUGGCGUCGUGGCUCCCGUUUGGGCUCGGCACGGAUAUCUCGCUCGCCACGGCGCUGGCUGGGAUGGCGACCUCGACCGCGCGAGUCGAUAACGAGAUGCGCCGCAUGUACAACCACAGCGACACCAAGUACUACCGCUUCGACGUCGAUCGCGGGCUCGCCAACAUCAGCCUGGAGCAGUGGAUGAAGGAAGACGAAAUGGCCUCGCUGACCGAGCAGUACAUGCAAGACGGCGAGCAGCAGCGACGCGCCCACGAGUUCGGCGAAAUCAUGGCAAAGCUGUCCGCGCUGCCCCCGAAAUUCGAGAUCCCCGCCACGCACUUCAAAUUCGGUGGCGAAGACGACGCCUUCGAACUGGUCAAAGUCGACUUCAAGACGGGUCGCCUUCUCGGCGCCACCCCGCAAGACGACUCCAAGACCCUGUCGCAGCUGCGCACCGCCUCGCCCUCAGGCGAAGCCGGCAUCGCCGUCGACGCGACCGGCGGCCUGCGCAGCGUGUACCCCGUAGCCGCAGACCUGGACCGCGACGGGUCGCGCGACGAAGCCGCGGUGUACCAGUGCGUCAAAGCGGGCAACAUCUGCGUGCGCAGCAUCAAGACGGGGAUUCCCCCAGGCCGGUACAAGGUGCAGUUCAUCGUCGCGUUCCACGAGGCCGUGCACACGGCGCCGCACGAUCUCGUGCUCAGCGUCGGGCGGCCGUUUGAUGCGACCACAUUUCAGAGCCGCUUUGUGGACGUCAAGAUCACCCCGGAUGUGGCAGUGGUGCUGCUGCAUCCUGAUGCUGUCCGUGUGCGGGUUGGAAAGAGGCGGUAUGAGGAGAGUGUUGGGAAAGGAUGGGUCGAGAUAGAGGGCGAUGUUGACGUGAAAGUGGGGCUUGAUGGUGCACUGGGCUUCAUCGUGAGCAAGCGGUAUGAGGAAGGGGUUGUUGUCGACGGAUGGAGUUUUGGUGGCAUGCGGCUUGAGCCUAUCUUUGGUGGCCAGUCGUUGGAUUUGGCAUGAACUUGGGUGCAUUCAGAGACGGUAGAUUAGAUUUUUAUGUAAUACACUCCUGCUAAUACAAGUGUUCGCCAUCUUUUGCAGCGGGUCUCAGGAGG